AGCAGCAGACCGGGACAUAGGUCGGUGUUGCUUCGUGUCAGCUCGGUGAAGUUUAGGUUACCGGAGGAGGGCAGUCCCGGGGUGCGGGCAGGAAGGAGUGUGAUUCCGGUAGAGUAGGCCUGACCAUGCCGCUGCUGUUUCUGGAGCGUUUCCCAUGGCCCAGCCUGCGGACAUACACCGGACUGAGCGGCCUAGUGCUGGCCAUGAGCCUUCUCACCGCCUACCGGAGCCUGAGAGCCGAACUGGGCCAGACCGGGACCGACACCGAGACCGGGACCGACCUGACGGCAGACUGGGGGGAAUUACUGCUCGAACUGGGCCGACAGCUGGUCUCUGACAGCCUGGGGGUGUGGGUCCUGGUGAACACGGUGUGCUGCCUUUUGAUGUUGGUGGCAAAGGUGAUCCAGCAUGUGGUGUUUGGUCCGCUCCGUGUUAGUGAGAGACAGCACCUGAAGGACAAGUUUUGGAACUUCAUUUUUUACAAAUUCAUCUUCAUAUUCGGUGUGUUAAAUGUCCAGACUGUGGAGGAAGUUGUCCUGUGGUUUUUGUGGUUUGCAGCCUUAGUGUUUCUCCAUCUUAUGGUCCAGCUUUGCAGAGAUAGAUUUGAAUAUCUGUCCUUCUCUCCCACCACCCCGAUGAGUUGUCACGUACGUGUUUUGGUCCUUCUGAGCACCAUGUUUCUGGCAUGCUGCGGCCUAGCUGUAUUGUGUGGACUAGCCGGUUAUGCACAUGGCAUGCACACGCUGGCAUUCAUGGCUGCCGAGUGUGUAUUGGUGACAACUCGAACAGCGCAUGUCAUCUUACGGUAUGUGAUACAUCUCUGGGAUCUAAAUCAUGAAGGAACCUGGGAGGGCAAAGGAACAUAUGUAUAUUACACAGACUUUGUCAUGGAGCUGAGCCACCUGUCUGUAGACCUAAUGCAUCAUAUUCAUAUGCUGCUGUUUGGUAAUAUCUGGCUGUCAAUGGCAAGUCUGGUAAUAUUCAUGCAGUUGCGUCACCUCUUCCAUGAGCUUCAGCGUAGACUCCGUCGCCACAAGAAUUAUCUGCAUGUCGUAGGAAAUAUGGAGGCUCAUUUUGCUGUUGCAACUCCCGAAGAACUGGAAGCAAAUAAUGAUGACUGUGCAAUUUGUUGGGAUUCUAUGCAAGCUGCCCGAAAACUGCCUUGUGGGCACCUCUUCCACAAUUCGUGCCUGCGUUCUUGGCUAGAACAAGACACUUCGUGCCCGACUUGUCGGAUGUCUUUGAAUAUGGCUGAUAACAACAGAGGUCGAGGGGAGCAGCAGAGAGAAAACAUUGACCAAAAUAUAAUCCCUCUCACUGUGGCAGAUGGACGAACCCGCCUCAAUCACCAUAACCACUUUUUCCAUUUUGAUGGUUCUCGGUUUGCCAGCUGGCUGCCAAGCUUUUCUGUGGAAGUUAUGCACACAACAAAUAUCUUGGGAAUCGCUCAAGCAACUAACUCCCAGUUAAACUCUAUGGCACGGCAGGUCUUGGAUAUGUUCCCACAGGUUCCGUAUCACCUGAUUCUGCAAGAUCUGCAGCUCACUCGAUCAGUGGAGGUUACAACAGAUAACAUACUAGAGGGACGUAUACAAGUGCCAUUCCCCACACAGAGGCCAGAGGACGUUCGACUUGCCACUGACAACCCAGUUGAAGAUGGUGAACAGACAGAGCAGGAUAUGCCUGCGCAGACUGAACGUGUUCCGUUGGAUCUGUCCCCAAAUGAGGAGGAAUUUGAAGAUUACAGUGAGAUGGAAGCCCAACCAAGUGAAGCAGAGGACUUUGAAGUCCGAGGCAGCAGAUUCUCCAAGUCUGCAGAUGAGAGGCAAAGAAUGCUGGUCCAGAGAAAGGAGGAUAUGAUGCAACUUGCUAGAAGGCGUUAUUUGAACAGAACUCCGGAAGAGGACUCCAGUGCUUCAUCAUCUGACAGAAAUCCCAACACUACAGAAUUUCCUUCAGACUCUGUAUCUCUUCGCAGACGUACAUUGGCAGCCGCAGCGGAACGUAGACUUCAGAUGGGACAGUCUCCAUAGUGACAUACAGAGCACACAGAUGCCAGCUGACCCUCCUCCUUGUUCUGAAGGUGCACACAGACUCCUACUGACACGGCACCUUGUUAAUGAGCUACUGUAACUCACGGGCUCAUAUUUUGUAAUCUUUUAUUUUACUGCAAUAUGUUUAGAAUAUAAUUGGAUCUGCUGCUUGAUCCCGAUGCACAAUUUGUGUUCGAUUCCUCCAGCUGAAAUGUCUACUUAUUUUCCAGGAAGGGAGAAUCCAAAGUGGGGAAAACUGUCAGUAUUUUAGAGAACAGAAGAUGCUUGUGGCGAUUCUGUAACAUACAGACGUCCUGUAUAUUGUUUACUAAAAGUAUUCCCUGACCAGGGGCUACCGUAGAGUGUUCAAAGAGAAGGAACCUCAACUUCAGGCUCAACAUGGUAUCCCAUACUGGUGAUGUUUCCCAGAGAGUUAAAUAGUCUUGCAAAUUAAACUUAUUUUUAUUAACCUGCAGCUCUGGGGUUCUGCUUUUUCAUAAAAACAAACAAAAAAAAAAAACUUUUGAACUUUUGUUUUUGUAGCCUAUUACUAAUGGACUUUUGAAAAUGGUUGCAGCCAAAAUAUUGUAAUGCUUAAAAGUGCUAAGCUGUGAAAUAGAAGUAUGAAUCUAAAUGCAGACUGAAACAGUUAGGAGGACCCAUAGUGAAGACUUGCAUUGGGGCGAGAAAGUGGACUAUUUUUAUUUUUAUUAUUUCCUGCAGUUUUUGGAGCCUUGGUAGAUGGCAGAGUUUGGUGCUCUGCCGAUCAGAUUUUUAUUUAUUUUUUUGUCCCCCAUCUACCUGUAUGCUUUGUAAAAAAAACAUGUGUUGAGCACUAUCGCCAACUGGAAUAUUUGCAGGUUGAUUCCUGCAAACAGGCAAUAUUCCCUUUGCAUUCUUUAUGUAGUAUGUGAAUGUUUCCCUUCUACAUUAUAUCGGGCAGAUUGUUUUAGAGCUUUCUGCUAAACUCCAUCUCAGGAUCAUACCUUUUUACUAAGUGACACGUUAAACUCAGAAAUUGUAUCCACAGGAAUGUCUGCAUACUUUAGUGAGAAUUCAAUAUUUCUCUUAAAAUUUGAUCACCUGUUUCAUGUCGGCGGGACCCUGGUUAAAAAAAGGUAUUCUUUCAACAUAUCGGUUGUAAAGUUUCAACUUUUGGGCAACGUAAGGAGAGAGCAUGUCUGCUUCUCGAUGGACAAUCUAAUGAAUCAUUGCUGAACCGCCAUCAGUGAGAAUGUGCAAGUGUUAUAACCAGCGUGUGAAUAGACAUUUAUACCGUGUAUGAAUGUUGGAGGGCUUAGGCUGCAUCCAGUCUCAUUCAGAAAAACCUAAUGCCUCUGUUAACACGGAUAAUUUUGCCUUGUGAUUUGGGCUUUUGCAAAUGCCAGAUUUUAUUCUAAAAAUAAAAUUUUGAUCAGU